AUGGAGCAAAGUACCCUCAUCCGCCGAGGCGUCGGUCUCCGCGGCAUAGACACUACGCUCGUCUCCCCAGGCUACACCCUAAUUGCCCACCUCACUUCUCCUGGCGUUAUUCGGCUCAUCUCCACAGAUGGAACUGAAGCGCACCGCUGGACUCUCCCCUUUCGCCCGGGUCGACAUGCCCGCAUCCUGCCAAACGGAAACCUAGCCUACAAUGGCGUGCACCCCGACUCUCCCCGCCUGUUUCCCCUCUGGCAGAAAUACAGGGGUGGGGUAAUGAUGCAGGUUGAUCCCGCUGGAAAUGUGGUUUCCGAACAUCGAGAUCCCAUGGCCCACCAUGAUCAGCACCACCUCGGCAACGGCGAAAUACUCUAUACAACGUUAGAAGCGCUUACGCCUGAACAAGCAGCCACCAUCCCUGGAGGCAUUCCGGACAGUGAGGCACCGGAUGGGAAAGCGUAUGCGGAUUGCAUCAAGCACGUUUCCUCCACCGGCUCGCUCCUCUGGUCAUGGAAGGCUAUCGAGCACCUGGAUCCCAAACUCUUCCCUCUGCACCCUCAUUACGCUCGCGAACACUGGCCUCUCAUCAACUCCGUCUUCCCACUCAAGGAUGGCAACAUCCUCGCCUCUCUCCGCUCUGUAUCCGCCGUCAUCAUCAUUGAGAGAGAAACAGGGAAGGUGAUCUGGCACCUCGAUGAUUCAGUCCUCGCACAGCAACACUGUGCGUCCGAGCUCCCCAACGGCAACAUCCUCAUCUUCGACAACGGCACCUUCAGAAAAGGAGAAUCCGCGACCUACUCCCGCGUCAUCGAAGUCUCGCGCGCCUCUCGAUCCAUCGUCUGGCAAUACAGGGAUCCGCACCCGAUGACGUUCUUCACGCCGUUCAUGGGCGGCGCCCAGCGGUUGGGAAAUGGGAAUACGCUGAUCACCGAAGCGGCGUUUGGUAGGGUGUUCGAGGUUACGAGGGAGGGCAGCUUGUGUUGGGAGUGGGUUAAUGAGGAGUUUGCGGAUUACAAGGGGCUGGGUGCUGAGGAGAUUGAGGGGUUGUUUGAUUAUCCUGCUAAUGCGCUGUUCAGAGCGUAUAAGUAUACGCCAGAGGAGAUUCCGUGGUUGGCGGAGAAAUAG